CAAGGGGGACGGGAAUGCUUCUCGCUCUGGGAGUCAUGGGGGCUUUCUGCUGGGAUCCUUGAGGCGAUCAGGCACAAGGAUGGUGAGACUGCCCAUGGCCAUGAGCCCUCCUCAGUGCUCCUGGGGCUGAGGCUGGGGCUGGCAGCCAUGGGGCUGGAUCGGGCCCAGGCCUGGCUGUUGGGUCUGCCCGUGGCCGUGGUCUAUGGCUCCCAGGCCCUCUUCACCUCCAUCCUGCACAAUGUGUUCCUGCUCUACUAUGUGGACACCUUUGUCUCAGUGUACAAGAUCAACAAAACGGCCUUCUGGGUUGGAGAGACGGUGUUUCUCCUCUGGAACAGCCUCAAUGACCCCCUCUUCGGCUGGCUCAGUGACCGGCAGUUCCUCAGCUCCCAGCCCCGGUCAGGCACCGGACUGUCUUCGAGGGCUGUGGUGCUAGCACGGGUACGGGCACUGGGCUGGCAUGGGCCGCUGCUGGCGCUGUCCUUCCUGGCAUUUUGGGUUCCCUGGGCCCCAGCUGGUCUGCAGUUCUUGCUGUGCCUGUGCCUCUACGAUGGCUUCCUGACACUCGUGGACCUGCACCAUCAUGCCUUGCUGGCCGACCUGGCUCUCUCGUCCCAUGACCGCACCCACCUCAACUUCCACUGCUCCCUCUUCAGUGCCGCCGGCUCCCUCUCUGUCUUUGCCUCCUAUGCCUUUUGGAACAAGGAAGACUUCUCCUCCUUCCGUGCCUUCUGCGUGGCACUGGCUGCCGGCUCUGGGCUGGGCUUUCUGGGGGCCACGCAACUGCUGAGGCGGCAGGUUGAGGCGGCCAGGGGGGAGCCAGGGUGCUCAGCCCUGGCCGUGGAUGGAGGCCUGUGUGGAGAAGAGCUGCUUGUGGGCAGCGAGGAAGCGGGCAGCAUCACCUUGGGCCAAUACCUCCAGCAGCUGGCACGCCACCGGAACUUCCUGUGGUUCGUGGGCAUGGACCUGGUGCAGGUCUUUCACUGCCACUUCAACAGCAACUUCUUCCCCCUCUUCCUGGAGCAUCUGUUGUCCGACCACAUCUCCCUCUCCAUGGGCUCCUUCUUGCUGGGCAUCUCCUAUGUCGCUCCCCAUCUCAACAACCUCUACUUUCUGCCCCUGUGCCAGCGCUGGGGCGUCUAUACCGUGGUGCAGGGGCUCUUCCUGCUCAAGCUGGGCCUCAGUCUGCUCAUGCUGUUGGCUGGCCCAGAACACCCUGGCCUGCUCUGCCUCUUCAUUGCCAGCAACCGUGUUUUCACUGAGGGCACCUGUAAGCUACUGACCUUGGUGAUCACUGACCUGGUUGACGAGGACCUGGUGCUCAACCAUCGCAAGCAGGCGGCCUCGGCGCUCCUCUUUGGCAUGGUUGCCCUGGUGACCAAACCAGGCCAGACCUUUGCCCCGCUGCUGGGCACCUGGCUUCUCUGCUUCUACACAGGUCAUGACCUCUUCCAGCAGCCACCAAUGAUCCCUGUGGGGAGUGCCCGGCCCUGGCCAGAGCCCCCAGCCCCAGCCCCAGCCCAGGCCCCAGCACUCCGCCAGGGCUGCUUCUACCUGCUGGUACUGGUGCCCAUCACCUGUGCUCUGCUGCAGCUCUUUACCUGGUCCCAGUUCACGUUGCAUGGGAGACGCCUGAACAUGGUCAAGGCCCAGCGCCAGAACCUGUCACAGGCUCAAAGCCUAGACAUUAAGAUGGUGUGAGAGGUGCAGCUAGGCCACCCUGCUGAAGACACUGCCCACAGCCAGGGCAGGGGCCACUUUUGCCUGCUGUUAUCCUGCUCCUCCACCUUCGUCGGAUGCAGUCUGGAGGAUAGGUGGCAGGAUUGGGGGUAAGCUCCUGAGGCUGAGCCAGGACAGUCACUGAGGUCUGAGUCCCUGCUUAGCUGUCUGGCCCAGCUUGGGCCAGGGCUGUCAUAUGUGCUCAGGGACCUGCUUCCCUUGUGGGGCAGGAGGGAAGAAGAGGACCAAGAAGGGAUGGAGCCGCCUUGCAGUACACAUAGGGUUGCUGUGGGGCAUGGAGGCCUGUCCCACUGCCUGGCUGGGGCUGGCCCCUCUGGUGGGCUCAGAAACCACUUUUGGUACUGCAACUUCUCCCUUUUGCUCAGUCAGGAGAAGCUGACUGGAAGUCCCACCUGUCCCCUCCUUCUGCCUUCUAGUGGUUUCUCUCAGAGGGUUUUGCUUCAGCUGUGCUUGAAGUGGCAUGCCCCCUGUGCUGCAGGGCUCCCCUUGCCCAACCCACCAGGUCUCUAAAGCGAUUCAUUUCAUAGACUGAUUAAAGUCAGUCAUUCGUAUUC